CGCUAUACCAAAGACGGUACUGUGCUUCCUGAGCCAGGCUGGUCCACAGUUUUCCAUGGAACCGUUGAUGACCGUCUAGCUCAUAGGCAGGACUUGGAGGGGCUGAGGUUCUUCCCAUUCAGCUCUUGUCAACCUCGGAAACCAAACGGUGGGCCGAGCUGGACAAGGAGUGGGAAGCUCACAAUGCUUCAAGAGCAACUUAAUGAAACGAAAAGACAGAAUGAUGAGAAAGAAGAAAUAGUUGCAGCUCUGAUUGCUGGCAAAAGAAGAACUGGAUUAGAAGUGCAUAAAGGAACUUAUGAGUCGCUGCCGGAAAUUCCAGUUCCACGUGAGCAGCUGAACCAUUAUCGUACUGCAGCCGAAAAUGCUCGUGGUGAACUGGCUGCAAUGCAGGUCAAGUAUAAAAAUGCCCAGACUGAGCUUACAGAUAUCUGCAGCCGACAUGCAACCAGCGAAACCUAUAUCCAGGAGCUGAAGGCCGAAGUUCAAAGCUACAAGGAAAACAAUGCAAGGCAGGGUUUUCUUAUCAGUUGCCUGAGGGAAAGGAUCCAAGAAAGAGAGAAUGAAUCUGGAGAGCUUGUCACAUCAAAGGCACUCGCAGAAGUAACUGUUCAAACCUUACAAAAAGAAAAACGGGAACUCCAGAAAAAUAAUAUGGAAUUAGAGACUAAAUUGAGGAAAUACUUAACUGAGUGUGAUGAAGCCAAACAGGAAGCUUUCAGAAAACGGAAAGAAUAUGAAGAUUUUCUGCUGAAACUCACCAACAGGAUUAAUGUGGAUUGUAAUGGAGUAGAUGACCCUCUGGAUUUCCUUGUGGUACAGGUUGAAGAGCUGUACAAAGAAAACACCAGAAAAAAUUGUCAGAUCACCAAUUUGGAGGAGACAAUCGGAAACCAUGAUGUGGAGUCAAAAGCAAGCCGAGAAACUAUCAUGAGACUAGUAUCUGAGGUGGGAAGGGAGCAGAAAACUGCUGCUUCCUAUUUGCAGAAAAUGGAGACCCUUCAUAAGGAUUUGAACAAAGUAUUGGAAGCUAAGCACCACCUAGAAAGAGAAACCCAAAUCCUGCAGGACAGACUUGAAGCAAGCCAACGAGUCUGUAAAGCCUCUACAUUGGAGAUAGCAAACUGGAAAAAGCAUUCCGACGAGCUAGUCGGACGUUUGCAGCCAUAUCUGCAUGAGGCCAAAGCAGCUCAAAGCCAGCUGGAGGCAUUCAAAGAACAGCUUGCAUCCCUGCUCAGCAGUGGCUGUGUGGUGGUUCAGCCCACUGAAGAAGCUGUGAAGGAAAGAAUUCGAGACAUUUGUGAUCGUGAGGAAAAUAAGAAUUGGGCUGUGUCACAACUGGAAGAGAGAAUGAGCAAACUAACAGAGCAGCUGGAGAAACAGAGGGAGCUGCACCAGUUGGCACUGCGGAGUGCACAGGAGGCUGAGCAGAAGUUGCCUGAGCUCCUGGAGAAAGUUCGAUACUUGGAGGGUCAACUUCUGACUGGAGAUGUGCUCCAUGAUGACAUGAGCCAGGAUAAACAGAAAUAUCUCAGGUUUUUGGAACAGCUGUCUGAGAAAAUGAAGCUGGAGAAGAUGACAGCAGACAUUGGGUUUGACUUGCAGCUAGAUGCCAUCUUUGCCCGAGCUGAUCAGCUGGUUACAAUGGAGAGUGAGGCAAUCACUGAAAAUAAGACUCUUUUGUACAACUUGAGGAGAAAGCUGAAAAGCCUGAAUGAAAGGCUACACAGCAAGGAGCUACACAUGGAUUUGCUGAGAAAAAAAAUUGCCCAAUUGGAAGAGGAGAAACUGACCCGUACAGCCCUGGCAGUGGAGAGGGAUGAAGCUAACCUAACAGUACGAAAGUUGCAUAAAAAACUGGAACGCCUUGAGAAAGAACUCUGUUCAGUGCGUGCCUCAAACACAGAUCUGAAGGCAAAACUCUCUGAUACACAUGAACUUAAGAUUAAAACACUGGAGCAAAGCCGAACCAUAGAGGAGAUGAAUAAAUCCCUGGAGAAGCUGGAGAAGUUGAAGCAGAAAACUGACAAAAGGUUAAUCUCCACAAAGUCAGAACUGGACUUUACCGAAUUUGAGGCAAUGGAGCAUAAAGAGCGAGCCAAGAACAUGUUGGAAGCUGUGGCUAGUGAGCUUAAGACACUCAAAAUUACCUUGGUGGAAGUGGCCAAGAGAGAAAAACAGCUGGUGGAUUUCAGAGAGGUUGUUUCACAGAUGCUGGGGCUGAACAUUGAUACUCUCGCACUUCCUGACUAUGAAAUAAUUAAACAGCUUGAGCGGCUGAUCGCAACCCACCACUCUUCCACAGUGACCGCUCUGUGCCUUGAGAACCCAGUGGAGAAACUGCAUCAGGGUUUUGUGGCAGGACGUGAGAGCAGACGAAGGUUGGCAGCUGAUCACUUUGCAAGGACCUGCAUCCCCAAGCCACUGAUUCCAUCAGCAGCACAACUAUCAAAGAACAGUACAUCCUAAGAGAGUCCUAAUCUCUUUAUAUACUGUAUCUCCCAGUUUCUCUCACAGAAGAUUUAUGUCUGUCUGCAAAGUACCAGCGCUAGCAAAAGGGGGCAACCUGCUGGCAUUCAAUUAUGUCAAAUUACACCUUUGCUUUCUGUAUCCCUCUUCACACGGAACAGCCUACCACAGGAAUGAGAAAGGUUCCUAUGGAACUCUGCUUGCCAGUGUUCCUCCGUGUGCUGAUUGAGGCAAGCUUCAGUGUCUAUCGUUGGAGAUAUGGUUGAAUUAGAUGUAUUCGUUGGUUCAGUUUAUGUGAUAUAUUAUUUCCUGGGGAUCAAUGGUAGAUUAUUGCACAAACAAAAGUCAUUCAUGUUAUGACCAGUGUAUUUUUCACCUGUUAAACCAUUUUUUUUGUGUUGAGUUGUUAGAGUUUUGAAUAUACAGUAUUUAGUAAAACAUCUUUACAGUAAUACCUGAUUAAUUAUUAAUUAUCACUCUCUCACUCCCAUCCCAGA